AUGGAGCAAGUGCCAUCAAUAGGCAGACUCGUGCAGAUCACUGUGACAGAGGGAUAUGAUUUGAAAGGUUUUAAAGGAGAUACUCCAGUUACCUUUAUUCGGGUAGAAUUCAAUCAAGUGGUUCUGGGAGACUCUGCAAAAAUUACUGUUUCUCCAGAAGGAAGUGCAAAAUACAACUUCACUAGCAGUUUUGAGUUUAAUCCUGAAGGAGGAAUCAGUUUAGAUGACCUCGCUCGCAAACCUGUGUUCUUAACUGUGACUGAAGUUUUACCAAAGGAAAAGAAACAGAAAGAAGAGAAGACCUUAAUUCUUGGUCAGGCUGUGGUGGACCUUCUUCCCUUACUGGAAGGACAGAGUUCAUUUCAAACAACAGUUCCAUUGCACCCUGUGCAAGGCUCACCCUUAGAAACUCCUAGAUCAAGUGCUAAGCAGUGCAGUCUUGAAGUUAAAGUAUUAGUGGCAGAGCCUUUACUGACCACAGCCCAGAUCUCAGGGGGCAAUCUACUGAAGGUCACGCUGGAGGCUGCUUACUCUGUGCCUGAAUCCUUCAUUCCAACAGGUCCUGGGCAGAACUACAUGGUCGGUCUGCAAGUUCCAUCACUUGGAGAGAAGGACUAUCCCAUUUUAUUUAAGAAUGGAACUCUGAAGCUUGGAGGGGAAAGGGAACCUGUUCCCCGGCCCAAAAAGUGGCCAAUUGCCAACAUUCUGGCUCCAGGAGCUAAUAACAUUCCUGAUGCAUUCAUUGUUGGUGGUCCCUAUGAAGAAGAAGAAGGAGAACUUAACCAUCCUGAGGACAGUGAAUUUAGGAAUCAAGCAGAGUGCAUGAAGAAAAGGAUUAUUUGGGACUUGGAAAGUCGCUGCUACCUUGAUCCUUCUGCAGUGGUCAGUUUUCAGAAGCGAAUUGCCGAUUGCCGGCUUUGGCCUGUAGAGAUCACAAGAGUUCCUCUGGUCACUGUACCCAAAGGGAAAGCUGGCAAAACUGAAAAGACUGAUGAAGAAGGUCAGCUUUCAUUUCAUGGUGUGGCUUAUGUUAAUAUGGUCCCAUUGUUGUAUCCAGGUGUGAAGAGAAUUCGGGGAGCUUUUCAUGUUUACCCUUACCUAGACAGUGUAGUCCACGAAAAGACCAAAUGUUUAUUGAGCUUCUUCCGGGAUAUUGGCCAUCACUUGAUUCAUAAUAAUAAAAUAGGAGGAAUUAAUUCUCUGCUGUCCAAACAGGCUGUUUCUAAGAAUCUGAAAGAAGAUAAACCAGUGAAAGAAAAGGAUAUAGAUGGAAGGCCUAGGCCUGGGGAUGUGCAGGCACCUAGUAUAAAAUCUCAGAGCUCAGAUACUCCUUUGGAAGGCGAACCCCCUCUAAGUCACAAUCCUGAAGGACAGCAAUAUGUAGAAGCAGGGACAUACAUUGUGUUGGAAAUGCAGCUGGACAAAGCCUUGGUUCCAAAGCGAAUGCCAGAGGAGCUAGCCAGAAGGGUCAAGGAAAUGAUUCCUCCAAGGCCUCCUCUUACCCGUCGGACAGGAGGAGCUCAGAAGGCAAUGAGUGACUACCACAUACAGAUCAAGAAUAUUUCUAGAGCCAUUCUAGAUGAGUACUACAGAAUGUUUGGAAAACAGGUGGCCAAACUGGAGAGUGAUAUGGAUAGUGAAACCUUGGAGGAGCAGAAGUGCCAACUCAGCUAUGAACUUAAUUGCUCUGGAAAAUACUUUGCUUUCAAAGAACAACUCAAGCAUGCUGUGGUAAAGAUUGUGAGAGAUAAAUACUUGAAGACAACAUCAUUUGAAAGCCAGGAGGAACUGCAGACAUUUAUCAGUGAGCUCUAUGUGUUCUUAGUAGAUCAGAUGCAUGUAGCCCUAAACCAGACCAUGCCAGAUGAUGUCCAAGGCACUGUUGCAACCAUUUAUAAAAGCAGUGAACAGCUUCAACUCUUUGCAUUUGAAGCAGAAGUCAAUGAGAACUUUGAGAUGGCAGCAGCAUAUUAUAAAGAGAGAUUGGUCCAUGAGCCCCAGAAUCUGGAUCACUGGUUGGACUAUGGUGCCUUCUGCCUUCUAACUGAAGACAACAUCAAAGCACAAGAGUGUUUUCGGAAAGCCCUUUCCCUCAACCAGAGUCAUAUCCCCAGCUUGUUGCUGUGUGGUGUCCUGGCUGUCCUGUUGGAGAACUAUGAGCAAGCAGAAAUUUUCUUUGAGGAUGCUACUUGCUUGGAACCAACUAAUGUUGUAGCCUGGACUUUACUUGGUUUGUACUAUGAAAUUCAAAACAAUGAUAUUCGAAUGGAAAUGGCAUUUCAUGAGGCCUCCAAACAGCUUCAGGCACGGAUGCUUCAGGCACAAGUAACAAAGCAAAAGAGCACUGGUGUUGUAGAAGACACUGAGGAAAGAGGGAAGAGAGAAUCUAGUUUAGGCCCUUGGGGAAUCACAAAUGGUUCUGCAACAGCAAUCAAGGUGGAAGCCCCAGCAGGAGCAGGAGCUGCAUUAUCUAUUCUAGACAAAUUUCUUGAAGAAUCCUCCAAACUGCAGUUUGAUUCACAAGAACCCAUUUUGACUACACAAACUUGGGAUCCAAGUAUAAGCCAAAAACCAUCUAUCACAUUUAUCAAGGAGACACCAACAAAGAAAGAAGCAUCAAAAUGUCAAGAUUCAUCAGCUCUUCUGCAUCCCGGCUUUCAUUAUGGUGUUUCUCAAACUACCACCAUCUUCAUGGAGACCAUACGUUUCUUGAUGAAAGUCAAGGCUGUGCAGUAUGUGCAGAGAGUGCUUGCACAUGAGCUGUUAUGCCCUCAAGGAGGCCCCAGCUGUGAAUAUUACUUGGUGCUGGCCCAAACACACAUUCUUAAGAAGGACUUUGCCAAGGCAGAAGAAUACCUUCAACAAGCAGCCCAGAUGGACUACCUGAACCCCAAUGUCUGGGGCCUGAAGGGCCAUCUGUGUUUUCUGAGUGGAAAUCAUUCUGAGGCCAAGGCAUGCUAUGAACGAACCAUUAGCUUUGUAGUGGAUGCUUCUGAGAUGCACUUCAUCUUCCUGCGACUGGGGCUCAUCUACCUGGAAGAGAAAGAGUAUGAAAAGGCAAAGAAAACCUAUAUGGAAGCCUGUAAGAGAUCACCUUCAUGCCUUACCUGGCUAGGACUGGGAAUCGCCUGCUAUCGGCUGGAGGAGCUCACAGAGGCUGAGGAUGCUCUCUCUGAAGCCAAUGCAUUGAACAACUACAAUGCUGAAGUAUGGGCAUAUCUGGCUCUGGUCUGCCUAAAAGUUGGACGGCAAUUAGAAGCUGAGCAGGCCUACAAGUACAUGAUCAAGCUGAAAUUGAAAGAUGAGGCUCUGCUUGCAGAGAUCCACACACUACAGGAAACAGUUGGCUUUGGAAAUCCAUCUUUCUGAUACCCCUCCAGCUGAAGAAUUUUCUGUAUGGGACUCUGAGUUCCUUUCCUUCCCAGAGAGUUUUACCAUAUGAAGCCUGGAGCUGGAGAACGAAAGAAUCUUAACUAUAAACAGAGACCCAUUCAUUUAUUUCCAUUGGCUGUAUUACUGGUUGACGAGAAACUGGGUCACAAUAAAAAAUGGAGAUAUGAAACUCAAAA